AUGGCUGACGCGUCUGUUGAGAAUUACCAAGAUUUUAAUCAAGCCAUUGCUAAUGAAUCACAAGCUAUUGUCUCUGAUUUGAAUGCAACGCGUUCGGUAUCACGAAAUCACAACGUUGACGAUACUCAUUAUGAUCCAUUUGUUGAAAAGGAAAAUAAGGAAUACAAAAGGAAUGAGUUUUUUGAGGAAAAUAUUCCUUGUGAUGAAGGAUCACUUCAUGACAACCGGAUGAAUGCGAAUCCUAAUGUACCUGAAACUCAAAAUCAUGACACGUCCUGGAGGGAUUCUAGCGAAUGCGAAAAUUCAGGAACGAACCUCUUUGUUACAGGGAUUUCUCCUCGUAUACAUGAUGAAGACUUGAUCGAAAUGUUCAGCAAGUAUGGUACCGUUAUGCGAGCCAACAUACUUAAAGAUCCAGCCACGAAAGAACCCAGAGGAUUUGGGUUUGUCUCCUUAUCCACAGUGGAACAAGCGGAUGCUGCUAUUGAAGGAAUGAAUACAAGAGAAUUUUUUGGUCGCGUUUUGAAUGUACAAAAGGCCAGGCGGUCUCGUCCUCGUUCUCCUACUCCUGGGAAAUACAUGGGAUCUAUGAAGGGAAAAACGAUGCAGGGAAGAAUUAGAAAAUAUCCAUAUAAUCGAAAUAAUCGAAUACCUUCGCGCUACCGUCCUAACCGUGACAGUCGCAGAUCUCCAAACUAUUAUCGUCCAAGCAAUAUUAGAGACUAUCAUGAUACUAGGAGCCGCUCACCGGAUAUGGGGCGUCUUGGAAGAUAUAAUAGUGAUUAUAAAUAUCGUCCCUAUAAUGAUCGCCGCCGUAAACAUGAAUACAAUCGUGAUGGACAGGACCAAUCCUCUCGUCCCUAUAACAACCAUCGAUUACAACAAGAGACGUCUUUUUCAACUGUCGUUCCACCUAGGCAUUUCCGUGACGAACGACGCUCUCUGGAACAAAACACCGUUUAA